AUGACCGCCGUCGCCGGUGGCGCUCCUCGGUCUCUCGCGGCUAUCUUUGCACACGCGCAAUCGGGCGAUGUGGCCAAGCUCUCUGCCGCACUCGACGACCUGGGCAGCGAACUCGGCGACGACUUCGGGCCCGGCGCAUUGCCAGCUGCGCUCGACACGCUUGGCAGCGACGGACAAGGCGCUCUCCAUCUGGCAGCGGCCUCGGAUCAACCGGCAGCAGUCCAAGCACUCCUUGCUGCCGGCGCAUCGAUGACAGCUCGCAACGGAUCGGGCAACAACCUCGCUGGUAUCGCCGCCUCCCGCGGGUGCAUGGAUGUCCUCCGUUGGCUCGCCGAUCUCGUCUCUGCCGGCGGCGACGACAACAACCUUGCCGCGACUGUCGUCACCGCCACCAACAAGUGGAAUGAGACGCCGACAAUGCUUGCUGUUGCAGCCGGUGAGCUUCCUGCUCUCCGGCUCCUCCUCACCCUCGCUCCCGUCGCCGCUACCCUCACCACCACCCGCGAUGCCUGGAACCGCUCCGCCAUCGACAUUGCCCGUGACCAGGGCGUGCCGGCCGUUGUCCAGGUCAUCGACGCCCACCUCGGCUCGACCUCUGGCUCGGUUCCGGAAGCCGGCUUUGCUGCCACGACACAGGACGCGGUGGCUGGGGCGAUUGGUAGCGGGACGAUCAAGCUGCGCAAGGUGGAGGGCGGGCCAAGUGUGCGGUCGAUGUUUGCAGAGGAGAGCAGAGGGGCAAGGGUGGUGACGACGGCAAAGUCGCGCGGGCCACCGUACACCCGGGUCCUCUCCAAGCUCAUCGAGGCACCAGGCGAUUUUGCGGUGGUGGAGGAGCUACUGGCGGCCGGUGAUGUGGAUCCUGCAGGGCUGGACAUGUUUGGUCUACCAGCGCUGCACAAGGUGGCGGCGUGGAGCAAGCCGGGCCUGGUGCAGCUGGUUGCGAGCGUACUGAGCGACGACGAGCUGGUGGCGACGGCUGGCGACUCGGGCUUUACGGCGCUGCACAUGGCGGUGGAGAUGGGCGCGGUGGGCGGGGCUACUGCGGUACUGGCAGUUGCAGAGGCGCGCAAGGUCCGCGCGCGGCUGGUGGCGACGAGAGACGGGGCCGGGCGGACGGCAGGCGAGCUUGCGUGCGAGCUGGCAACGAUGCCCUGCGAAGUGACCGACGAGCUGGCAACAUAGAGCCUCGGAUUACAGCGGAGCAUUUCAGGAGAGCGCCUCAAAGUAGGCAAAGUUCUCCAGCAUGUUCUCGAGCAGCGAAGAGAGCUCCGGGAAGAGGGUGACAAAUACGGAGAAGAAGGGCUGGACGACAAACUUGAUAAAGUUGACCUCGAG